CGUGUUUCUUGUAAACCCCUUUUAUUUCUUGUUGCAUUGUACAUGGUCAGAUAUUUAACACUGGAAUAUGCUGAUGUUGAUUCGUCAUGAAGAGGCGUAAUGUUGAAAAACAAGUGAAGUACUAAAAGCAGAUAGUUGAAGCCUGGUACCGUGGAGGACAUCAAGGACUAUGAUGGCGUCCUGUCGAAUGUGGAGACGGGUGGCAAUCUGGGUGGUGGUGGGUCUUACUUACUUGGCCAUUUUUGUUAAAUGGCAGCUUAACGAAACGUCACCUUCUGUUGAGAUAAUUGUAGAGAGGCCCAAUGAAGAAGAUGCUGGAAAAUCUGGUGAACAUCAUGAGAAAAGAGAAAACGACGCUGUACCUAAAUACGUAAAGGCUGAUGUAGAAAGAUCAACUAUUUACGACGAACGGCGAGAGAAAAUGAUACAAGCUUGUCGUGAAAAUAGAUACAACGGGCGUACAUUAAAUGCAGCAAGCACUGACAACUUCUCCAUCGACAGAAAGAAUGGAAUCGUCUAUUGCGACAUUCCAAAAGUGGCCAGUACAUUCUGGAAACGGGUGCUGCAGAUAGCUUCCGGUAAACGACAGAAAAAUGACGUGUUCGACAUCCCAGCGCGCUCAACGCACGCCGGCCUUCUGGAAACCUUCCAGAAAAAAGGCUUUGAUGAAAUCCACCAGGUUUUAUCGAUCUCAACUAAGUUUAUGUUCGUACGUGAGCCUUAUUCAAGAUUAGUUUCUGGAUACAUUGACAAAAUAUUUACACCUAGGCCCGCUUACAGGGGAUUGCGGAACGAGAUAAAGAACUUCGGGAUUCGUGGUAACAAGACAAAGGUUGUCUCAGACUGUGCUCUUGAUAUUACCUUUACACAAUUUGUCGUUUUCUUGGUGGGAAAGAUAGCAGAAAACACUUGGAGAAAUGGGCACUUUGUUCCCAUGUAUGAUAUGUGUCGUCCGUGUGAGGUGCAGUUCGACAUCAUCGGUAAGAUGGAGACUUUUAACGAAGAUGCUACGUAUAUUUUCAAGAAGAACGGAUUUCCGGCUUCGAUUCAGCUGGACGAUCAAAGGAACGACCUUGAUUCUAUCACUGAUAUCGUAGACAGCACGUUCGCCGAAAAAGAAGGUAUGGAGAAAUGCCUACCGUUUGGUAAAGCUCUGGAGUAUGUGUGGAAGAAGGCGGUGAUUCGAGGUAUCCUCAGCAAAGAGGAAAGUAUGCCCAAACGUUUCAUAGACCAAUCAAACUUCUCAAGAGAAGACUUCAAGAAAGCCAUGGUGGAUGCUUACCAUCGUUCGAGCAAAAACCCUGAUCGCAUGAACAACCGAAAAGAGGCACUUGUAGAAGCUAUACGAAGUGUGCCCAAGGACAUCCUGCAGAAAUACCGAAAACUGUUCCGACCUGAUUUUGAAAUAUUUGGUUAUGACAUGGAAGAGCCGCAAAUAUUCCAGGUUCGUCAACCAAAACCUUUCUAUUUUGUGUAGGAUUUAUGGCAGCUUGACAGACAGAGUUGUGAAAACUAGUGCUACAUGUAAUAUGUUUCUUUUCAGACGUGCAAGAUAUCACAAUUCAACUGUACAUAAUACAUAUAUAUUAUAUAAAUGUACAGCCGGUGUGUAAGGAAUUCUUUUUGAAUUUUGAUUGCUUUAUUGCUUUAUUGCUUCGGAGCAUGUUAUUGUGUAUCCUAAAAGAAAUUAGUCAUGUAUUUGACGGUUAGUUUGUAUUUGAAGCGAGGCUCCAAUCGACAGGCCGGCCAUAAAUAUUCUGCAACAAUAUUACACAGGAUAUAAUACUAGUAUUAUGAUAUAACCAAUUGUAUCAUCGAACAUUAUCCAAUGCCUAAGAAUAUUUAUAUUUUUCUAUUUCCCACGGACAACAAAACACAACUUCCAUUAUUCACUAAUAAAUGUGUUUGAUGUAUGUGCGUUAAUGAUUGGAGUUUUGUGCACAGUAGGAUUUAUUUAUUUAACUGGGGUUUUAUGCCGUACUCAAAAACAUUUGCAGUAAGAGAGGCUCUCUGUGCUUCUCAUUAAUGCAGUACGGUCUUUCUCAAAUACGAUCCAUCUAAAGCGGUAAAAGGCAUGUUGAGCCUGCAAUCGAAAUUUUACCGCUGACAGAGGAUAUCUUGUAUUCACCACUUUAUGCCAUCUCGUGCUGUUGUCUGAAUGCCCUGGGCUGAGGUGCUGUUUAAGCUGGGAAAUUCAGAAUAAUUGUUUUCAGGAAACAGCUACAUUCUGAGAAAGAGAGAUUCGAAUGAGAGCGCGAGAUUCAGACACACGUGCGAUAUUUAUAUGAUAUUCUCUACUGAAUAUCUGGUUGAGUCUCGCUUGAAUCUCGUCGCCAUGCCAUCUGAAUAUCUGCUUAAUCUCGAAUAAAUCUCACAGUGUCGUUCAAAUAUCUCUGUUCCUGGUUUGCGGGAACUGUGUCGGUGAAAGACAUCAUACCGUUUGCAGAUCACUGGCUUCUGGUCCUGCUUUCCAUGUUGUAGUGGACACAUUGUGAUGUAUACACAGCACCUAUAUAACAGACCGCCGUGGCUUAAAUGAAAACCUCGUCAACAUGACGUUAGGCAAUAAUCAAAUAUGUGUACAAACUACAUGGUUUAUUCCUAAUCUGGAUGUCUGAAUAUCAUUUAAUGCGCAGGUAUAAUACAUAGUUCAUUCAG